AUGGAGCGCCUUUCAAAGUCCGCCCGUGAGCGGCUCGCCCAAGAUGACGCCGAGAUCAAGAUGUAUGAGCGGAAACUGGGCAUCAAGGGGCGCAAAUCCUCUCGCAAGGAUGAUGACGGUCUCGAGGGGUUGCUGGGCGAGGAGGGCAUGGAUAUGGACCAGAGUGACGAAGACUCAAAACGGAAGAGGGACGAAUACGAUACGUGGCUGGCGUCAAAGAGAAGAAAGUCAACACAUCAAUCUGGUAAGCUGAAGGGAGACGAUGAUGAUGACGAGGACGACGAAGAUGGCGAAGACGAUGAGGGCGACGAGGACGAAGAUGGUGCGGACUUUGACAAUGAUUCUUUCGGGGGGUUCAGUGACGAUGAAGGCGAUGAAGGCGAUGAGGGAGACGAAGACGACGAAGACGAUGAAGACGAGACCCCAGCUCAACCGCGCCAACGCGAAAACCCCUACGUCGCACCGACGACCGGAGUCACAGUCGCAAAAUACGUUCCCCCUUCGCUUCGGAGGGCUGCGGGCUCCGAAGAAGAGAACAGAAACCGACUACGAAAACAGGUUCAAGGUUUGAUUAACCGACUGACAGACGACAACAUCCUCUCUAUCGUGCAGUCUGUCGAGGAUCUGUACCAAAAGAAUGCCCGCGGCGACGUGACCGACAUUAUCACCGACGUUGUCAUGUCGCAAAUCUGUAAUCCGCAGAGCUUGACAGACCAGUUUUUGGUCACCACAGGUGGAUUUUUGGCCGCUGUUUAUCGGAUCAUUGGAUCAAGCUUUGGUGGACAUCUGGUACGUCGGAUGGUGGUUGACUUUAACGCCCAUUACGAACAGGCCAGCAAGGACGUCAACCCCGAGUCACCGAUCCAGAAGGAACCUUCGAAUAUCCUAUCCCUCCUCGCUCAGCUAUACUUUUUCGAGGUGGUCAGCUGCAAAAUCAUGUUCGACUUCAUGGAGAGACUUCUGGGUGACCUCACAGAAAUCAACGUCGAGUUGCUUCUGCGCAUUUGUCGUAUGGCGGGCCAACUUCUGAGGCGAGACGAUCCGCAAGCGCUUAAGCACGUCUCUGCCGUCCUCAACCAGUCUAUUUCCAAGUCGGGCUACGACAAUGUGUCGGUUCGCACAAAGAUCAUGGCUGAUACUAUCAGCGAUCUGAACAAGCACAAAAAGAAAGCACGAGGCUUGGACUCCUCUGUCGUCUCGGAACGCGUGCAGCGUGUAAAGAAACGCUUGGGUGAGCUCAAGUCUCAAUCCCGAAGACUUGAUGGCCUUGCGCCCAUGGGUAUGGGCCUCGUGGAUAUCGAGGGUGCAGAUACAAGGGGUGAAUGGUGGCUGGUUGGAGCCAGUGUUCCUGAAACCCUCCUCGAUAAGAGCCGGAAGGGAUCUGCAGCAGCAGAUGCCGACUACGAAUCGAGUGAUUCCGAGGACAUGGAUAUUGUCCUUCCAGACUUUCCCAAAAAGGCUCGGGAACAGGGUCUCAGGGGCAAUGCGCAAAUUGCCAUCUUCACAGCUCUCAUGACGGCAUCAAACUUUGAGCAUGGCUACAAGCAGUUCGUCAACCUACGACUUAAGAAGAACGACCAACUAGAGAUUGCAAAGGUGCUGGUGCAAUGCGUCGGCAGCGAGAUGGAGUACAACCCUUACUAUGCGCUUGUGGGAAGGCAAGCAUGUUCAAGCAACAGCCGAAUUAGAUUCGCGAUCCAGGACCGUCUUUGGAAGAUAUUCAGAAGCCUCGGCGAGUCCCUUUUCGGAGAGGGCGCAGAAGAAGACGAGACGGCGGAUGGUGAGCAGAUGAAGGACGAGAGACGCCUUGGCAACAUUGCGAAUUUCUACGCGUCCCUCGUUGAUGAUGGAGUGUUGAGCAUUGCUAUCCUCAAACCUGUGGAGUUGCCUGAGGCGAACCACUGGACCUCAGUGUUUGCGCAAUUAUUCAUGAUUGCGCUCCUCAAGACAUGUCGAAGUCGAGGCAACAGCGCCAAGGAGGAUGCCAAGGUGGAAAAGAUCUUUGGCAGUGCCCGAGAGCUGCCGGGCUUAGCAGCCGGAAUCCAUUGGAUGCUACGGAAGAAGGUCCGGAAGACGAAGUUGGUCAGCGCCAAGGAGUUGAAGAAGCUGGAGGGCGUUCGAGAGAAGGCGCAGGUUAUUGUGCAAGCUGUAACAGUAGAGGGAUGA